GUGUCUGACUGUCACAGUAGCACAGGCGUGCUAGCGAGCCGUCUGUGUAUAUAUUGCAGGAUCAGAGACUGCACCAUUGUUACUUGUUACGCCAACCUCAGGCACACCAACUAGAUCAUGCCCUUUGCGGCAUUGAACAUGGCGGAGAUCAGCGGGGCACUGGCAUGCGUCGCGGUGGCGCUGUCGCUGAUCCACGCCGCGACGGCCGCCGAUUACGUCGUCGGCGACCCGGGCGGCGGGUGGGACGGGAGGACCGACUACAAGUCCUGGGCUGCAGCUCAAACGUUCGCCCCAGGAGACACCCUGACCUUCAAGGACAACACGUACCACAACGUCCUCGAGGUGACCAAGGACGCCUUCGACGCGUGCACGACGGCCAACCCGAUCUCCUUCGACAACAGCGGGAGCACCACCGUGGUGCUCACCAUGCCGGGCACGCGCUACUUCAUCUGCGGCGCGCCGGGGCACUGCCUGGGCGGCAUGAAGAUGGAGGUGCAGGUCGCCGACCGCCCCGCGCCCGCCACGCCCAGCUCGCCGCCGCCGCCACCACCUUCAGCGGCAGCGCGCGACGUGGAGAGGCGGCCCGCGCCGGCGCCCGUGCCUUGGGCUCCAGCGCCGGCGCCCGCGGAUGCGCCGCCGAGGCACGCGGGGGCGGGGCACAAGAAGCAGCACAGGAAGAAGCGGGCGUACUGCGCGCCCGGACCCCUGGUGGCGCCGGCACGGCCCCCCACGGUGCAGGCCGUGGAAUCUCUUUUCCCGUUCGCGGAGGUCGCGCCGAUGGCCUCGACCCCGCCACCGCCGCCGGCGGCAACGUCGUCGGGCGGGCCUGCCUUGCCGCGAGCGGCGAGGGGCGAUGUCGCGGGGGCGCUGGCCGCUCUCGGCGGGCUCAUGCUUCUAGCCCUGUGAAGGAACCGGGGAGAGGUCUUCGACGAGAUAUCAUCGCGUCACGUCAUCACGUGCACGUUUCGUCUGCUUAAUUUGCGUGCGUAAUUAAUUAGAUUAUGAUGGUGUGUGUGGUAUGUAUGGAGAGCUGGGUAUCUUUGGUGUGUUCUAAAGUCUUCGUUGAGUGAGAUUGGUAUCUCCUUAGGCCCUCUACAGUGUGUAUCUUAAAUGAUGCCAGGAGAUGAGAGAGGAUGAAGCACCACCCUCUA